CAAUCGCGACGACCGACUCCGGCUGUGAGGACCGUUCCGUUUCGCUCGCUCGUUCCUCGAUCGAUUUUCCCACUCACUUGAAAAAGCUACCAUCUUGGUGAACGGUGUGAAAAUUUUCCUGCUCGCCGAAUUGGAUUUUCCCCGGAUUGGGCUGCAGCGUUCAGCUUGAAAUUGCGUUCGAAAGUGUAGAAAAGUGUGAGCCCGACAGCGCUAUUGUGUCAGAAAAACCCGAAAACCCAAGAUCGAAGAUGAAUUGCCCUGGCAGUUGUUGUUGAGGUGGAUUUUUUUCGUGUUUUCUCCAAGUGGAUAGGAUAGUAAGCAGAAAAUUUACAGUGGGUGACCACGGGCAGUUCUAUUCUGUUUCCAGCGAAAAUCUUCGCAGCAGCAGCUAACUUGCCAACGAAGAAGAAAAACCAACAUGGCUCCGGGAAUAUGGAAGAGAGAGGCCGAACCCAAUGCCGAGACAGCGGAGCUGCCAGACGCUGUGACCACCUUGGGGACAAGAAUCUUCGGAAAGAAGCAUCCCCAUACAACGACGGUCUCGGAGCUAGAAACAGACGAAAAUGAAGAACUCUCCAGUACUGCGUUGCCAACGAAGGGCGAGGUGGAAAAGUUAGGCGGUAAGGCGGCGGAUAUGAUCAAAGCGGGAGCGGAAGAAAUGGGCAUUCCCACGUGGGGUCUGGUGUCCAUCAUCAUCGUCGUCCUGUUAAUCAUCCUUGGCAUCUGCGGCUUCUGCAUUCGUCGCUUCUUCCGCAAGCGACGCUCCAAAGACGGCAAGAAGGGCAUGAAAGGCGUCGAUUUGAAAUCGGUACAAUUAUUAGGUUCAGCAUACAAAGAAAAGGUUCAACCGGACAUGGAAGAACUGACGGAGAAUGCCGAAGAGAACGACGAGGGCGAAAGCAAACAGAGCGAACAGAAGCUGGGCAAACUGCAGUACAAGCUUGAGUACGAUUUCAACGCAAAUGCCUUGACCGUAACCGUAAUCCAGGCGGAGGAAUUGCCAGCCCUGGACAUGGGAGGUACCUCAGAUCCCUACGUAAAAGUUUAUCUACUGCCCGAUAAAAAGAAAAAAUUCGAAACCAAAGUUCACAGGAAAACUCUCAGUCCGGUAUUUAACGAAUCGUUCACCUUCAAGAGCCUUCCCUAUGCUGAAGCCAUGAACAAGACGUUGGUGUUUGCCAUCUUCGACUUUGAUCGGUUCUCCAAGCAUGACCAGAUCGGUGAGGUCAAGGUGCCCCUCUGCCAGAUCGAUUUGGCCCAAACCAUCGAGGAGUGGCGGGAGCUGCAGAGCGUCGAAGGCGAAGGCGGUCAGGACAACAAGCUGGGAGAUAUUUGCUUCUCGCUGCGCUACGUACCCACAGCAGGUAAAUUAACCGUCGUAAUCUUGGAGGCCAAGAACCUGAAAAAAAUGGACGUCGGUGGACUGUCAGAUCCAUACGUUAAGAUUGCACUGAUGCAGAAUGGAAAGCGUUUGAAAAAGAAAAAGACUAGUAUCAAAAAAUGUACACUAAACCCCUACUACAAUGAGUCGUUCUCAUUCGAAGUUCCUUUCGAACAAAUACAAAAAGUGAACCUGGUCGUUACCGUGGUGGAUUACGAUCGUAUCGGAACGUCGGAACCCAUCGGUAAGGUUGUCCUGGGUUACAACGCAAGCGGCACCGAGCUGCGCCACUGGUCCGACAUGCUGGCCUCGCCGAGACGUCCGAUCGCACAAUGGCACACGCUGAAGGAUCCCGAGGAUGACAAGAAGGACUAAACGGAGAACGGAGAAACCGCCGGCAGGACAGGAAGCGCAUACUAGAAAAUCACGAGAGACUAGAAGACCGAAAUCGAACAACAUACACAAACCACGAAAGAGCGGAAACCGCCUGCGGUUGAAAAAUAAUAAACAAAACAAACGAAAAAAAAUAUGAACAAAAAAAAGCUUUCAAAGGUUGAAACUCAUUCGAUUCGAUUCAGAAUGUAAACGAAGUUCUAUCAGGUUUAUGUAAAUUAUACCAGCAAAUAAUGUUAAUUUUUGGUUUUGUUUUCUUGAAAGUAUGUUCGUUAGGUGACGGAAAACUUACCAAUAACCGGAAUCGGAAGUUAGUAGUACCGAACAGCAUAAUAAGAUAGGAAAAAAUAUUUGACUGAAUUGCCGAAGCUUGCGGAGGAUGUUAUCAUUUUCGAAAAUCAUAAAACAAAACUAAAAAAAAACACUCGACACUCGUCAGUACCGCGGAUUGGAACAGUGACAGUUGAUUAAAUGACAACUCGUGGUUCGACGUUUGACAUUAGCUCAGUUUUCCUAAAUGCGUAGCAUAUUGAUAAGAUAAUCGGAUCAUAGUAAACUAUAGAGAAACAAAACAAAAAAAAAACUAAAGCAAAGCAUUCAGUCUGAUAACCUACGAGUGCGCCUAUUGUGCAUCUUUUCAAGUUAUUGCAUAUCUCUUCUACAUCUACAGAAAAAAAUUAAACUUCAGCCCGUGGCGACAAACAGGAGUUCAAUCGUUGUGUUGUUGCCUGUAGCUAAUACGUUGGACGUAAUUCGGGUGGGGGGUAAGACAACGCAUCUCUAUCAAAUAAUAGAGGGAUUUUACGUCAGAUAAUCCUUACCUUUUGGUGAAACUUUGAGAGUGUGGUAGCAUCUGAUGUCACCAAGCUCUGAAUAUUUCACUGAAGACUGACAGAGUUUCGCCAACUUCAUAGACGAAUUUGCGUGUAAUCUGUCAGUACUCAAAUACACAAAAUACCCCGCAGUCAACUGACCCUUACCACUCGAACGUCUCGAAAUGCUGGAGUAAAAUUAAAAAACAAAAAACUAGAUAGCUCUGUAAACGUCACAAAAAACGGGAGUAAAACUGUAGAAAACAGUUGAGCAGCAAAGUACGUCAAGAAACAGUGAAACCAAAAAAAAAAUGCAUGAUGAUCCCACUUCGAUGUUUGUAGAAAAGAAGCACAAUAAUAGCCUAAUAUUAUGCUACGAAGCGAUGAUGACACACAAUCUGUGGAUAGGUAAACCAAAGAUGAGAGGCAAAUAACGAAAACUAAUAAAUGGGUGUUAGUAAAUUUUAAAUAGGCAAGGAUGGCUUUUGUGUUUGGUUUCGGAAAAGAACAAACAAUAUAAAUAUAUAUACAUAUAUCAGUAGCAAACAAAAAAAAAGCACGCUGUUCCCUUGUUCCCAAACAGUCCUAGUAGGCACGUGUGAUCGGCGGAUGAAUGUAAAAAAUAUGCUGAGCUAGGCAAGAAAACAAAGAAUAUACGAAAGUAUCGACCACAGUUGCAAAUCACAGUGACCAUAGCGUUGUAGUUUUUCCUUUUUUUUGCCGUCAAAAUGCGGGUAAAAAAUUUAAAGGUUUUUGAUCGAUAUUUACCCUUACUUUUGUAAAUUCGAACUCUGAGUACGGAUGCUUUGAAGUUGUUAUUAUCCUGAUGCAAGUGAUGCGCACGCCUUCACUGAUUAAAGAACCAUUGAAACACAGUCCUAUUGUGCGGGCUGGCCCGAUGGCACUGCUAAUCCCAGGGGGCAAACCUCUUAGAAACCGAACAAACAGGAAACACAAGAGCUUUUGACUGUUUCGAACACCUCACCGAACGAACCGAAAAGUAAGGCUUAGAACCAACAUCGCUCCAAACCAGAGACAUUUGGUUGCUCAUCACGAUAGUAGCAUUCCACAACACAAGGGAAAAAACUGUUAUUAAAGUAUUUAUUCCGUCGGAAGUAAAUAGGUUCACUAAUUCAGUAGAUUAUGGAACAAAAAAUCAGUUUGAAAAAAACAUUACAAAAAAAACUGUACUUCUUGUUGACACAAAACAAAAAAAAAUACAAAAGGUUAAAAAAAUGCUAUUUACUGUUAAAUAAGAUGAUCUAUCUAUUGAAUUAUAUAUACAUAUUAUCAAGUUGAUCAAAUUUGAAUACGAAUAUUCUCAUAAAAUACAGUAUUUGUACACUCAGCUAUAUCAGUUCAGAAAUUCUAAUGACAUUAGCAGCGGUAAACUCUGUAAAAAUCUCAACAGAAGAAAACUUUGUAUCUAUAGUCCAGUUCCAAAGAAGCUGUUUGAACAAAAAAAAACAAAAAUCGUCGAAAUCGGAGCAGGCAUUGGCUUCGCGUUCAACGCCUGCCCUGCUUUCGGUCCUAAACCGUUUUCUUUAUAACUAAAUCGAAUGAAUAAUUGCGAUUUACUAGCGAUUCAUCCAAUAUCAAUCAUACCUAUUAGGAGAUAUUUCAGGUACACUCUAGAACUUUUCAAUGUCAGAACUUUACGUUUUGGUUGUAAACCUCGUACUAUAAUUUUUAACCCCCUCUCUAUCUCUCGAAUUACACCAACAGACAGACUGGACACUAUUUUGUAGCUUGUUACUGCAAUCCUUAAACAGUAUGUGUAUAUUAUUUUAACGCUGACCUAACCAGUACGCACUCAGAAAUAGGCUGAAACUAAGAGAGAAAAACUAUUUUUGUUUUUGUAAAUAUCAGAGCGAACAAUUGAGCUAGUUUUUAUCAUUCCAUUUUUGAAGUAGACAAGUAGUAGAAGAGAAAAAGACGUAACUAAACAGUAGGCGGUUCAAUGACGACACACCUCUUGUUCUCUAUAGUCCAGUGCACCUCAUAGGACAGAUUGCGUUGCCAUAGCGUUAGAGCUCUUUUUUCCACACAAAGGACGCGCUAUAUGAUGUACUCACACCGACAUUCCCCGUAGCAAAAAUUGAUGACCAUUCAGCCGCUUUGGCAGCUUGCUUUAGCAUGUGAUUUUCACUGUCCCUAAAUACAGCUAAUAAAUAAUUCAGAUAGGCUAAAUUUCUCUUCCACAAUGAACAGGAAACUAAGCAAGAGAAACUUAUAUACACGAGGAGAAAAAAGAAACAAACAAUCGUUAGCAAAUACGUGUGUGGACUGAAGCGUAAUGUUUUUAAAACGAAAUUGAGAAAAACACGACCGAAUCGAACCGAUAACCGACUUAAGCGUGAAAUGAUGUGACUUUUUAUUUGCACCGAACACGGACAGCUCUGAGACACGGACGACAAAGAUGGCCGCUAGACAUGCAUUUUAAAAACAAAAAAUAAAAACAAAAGUCGAAUUUCAGCCUCAACACAGCAGAGAAUAAGGAAAUUAUUAGGGGUCUUCACAUCGAGCUCGUAUACGAAUACCCAGCCGUAAACUGUGUAUCUUCCAUUACUCGUCAAUGGAGGUGAGUAUUUUUACGGCUGCGUAUUUGUUUACGAGCUCGAUGUUAAGACCCCUAUUAUGCUUACCUUGCGUAAUGCAGCAGCAGCAGCAGCAGCAGACACCCUUGAUUGUAAUUUAUGACUAUUGAAAUGAGCAAAAAAAAUCAGUUAAAGUUAAUUGAAGUAUAAGUAAAACCAAAUAUAACAAUAAUUAGACAUAUACAAAGGAAGUAAUAAACUUUAAUCAUCAAACAAGUAAAAAUAUUGUGAAAUAAUAAAAAUAUGUAUAUUUAAGGUAUUGUAAAUCAAACCAAAAAUAAAUAAUAAAGUAUUAUAAUAAUAAAAUCAA